AUGAAUGAAACGGAAUACAUCAAAUGUAUCAGAUCAUCACUUAAGGGUCCAAAAAUAUUUCUCAGGAGAACCCCAGCUGAAAUGAGAGUGAAUUACUACAACCCAGGAGUACUCAAAGCAUGGCAUGCAAAUCUAGACAUUCAGUUUGUUUUGGAUCCAUACGCAUGUGCUACCUACAUAGUUUCUUACAUCAGUAAGUCUCAGAGGGGUAUAAGUGCUUUGCUUGAUAAAGCCUCGCAAGAAGCCGCUGAAGGAAAUAUGGACAUUAAACGUCAGGUCAGGCAUAUUGGCAACAAAUUCUUGAACUUUGUAGAAGUAAGUGCUCAAGAAGCUAGCUAUUUAAUACUCCAAAUGCCAUUAACACAAGCUUCCAGAGAUGUGGUUUUUGUAAACACUUCCCCACCAGAUGAUAGAGUAUUUCUCUUAAAAUGUCAAGAAGAUCUGGAAAGUUUACCCGAGAAUUCCACUGAUAUUAAAGCUGAUAAUAUGAUCACCAGGUAUGCAAAAAGACCGAAGCAACUUGAGAAUUGGUGUUUAGCGGAUGUAGUAUCUGAACUGGAAGUAACAUUUCCAAAAGAAAACCGAAAAUCAGAAAAAACUGAUGACCAAAAUGAAGAUGAUGUAAAUGAAAACGAAAACUUUUCCAAUGAAGAUAUCUUGGUACAUUUAAAAAAUGGAAUAAAGAUUAAAAGGAGAAAAAACAAACGAGUUAUACGAUAUGUAGGUUACAGCAAAAAAACAAACUCUGAGCAGUACUAUAGGGAAAGAAUCCUUCUAUUCCUUCCAUGGCGGAAUGAAAAUACUGACAUCAUUAACAGAUAUACAACAUUUGAGCAACAUUAUAGAAGCAGUGCAAACAUAAUUCAAGCCGUACAAAAGAAAUAUGAGCAUUUUGUUGAGGAACUAGAACAAGCCAGGCUUCAGGCUGAAUGUGAACUUGAUGAUUUUGAUGAAGUGGCUCCAAAUACUGAACACACUGAAGCAGAGGAUUCAGAAAUUAACCCAAAACCUUCUGAACAGUUUGUACACUUUGAUCCAGACACACAGCCACAUAAAAAUUACGAUAUUGGACCAGAUAUUGGAUUGCCAGCAAAAAAUUAUGAUGUACAAACAAGUCCUGUUAGAAUCCCUGAUGAACAAUAUCACAAACUUCUACAGUCUUUAAAUUGCAAACAAAGAGAAUUUCACAACCAUGUUAGUCACUGGAUCCAACAUAAGGAUGAACCUUUGUAUGCAUUUUUAACUGGAGGUGCAGGAACAGGCAAAUCAGUUGUCAUUGAUACCCUUUAUCAGACUUUGCAUAGAACUCUUUGUUCAGAAGAAGGAGAAAAUCCUGAUGAUAUCAGAAUUUUACUUUGUGCCUAUACAGGCAAAGCAGCUUAUAACAUUAAUGGAAUGACUAUAGCAUCAGCUUUUCACAAAAAGAUGUACCAGUCACAGCAAAAUAUGUAUGCUGAUGAGCUAAACACAUAUAGGACAAAGUAUAGAAAUUUAUCAGUAGUCAUCAUAGAUGAGAUAUCAAUGGUUGGAAAUAAGCUGCUAGCAUUUAUCCAUGAAAGGCUUCAGCAACUCACUGGUACAAAACAAGACUUUGGUGGUGUCAGUAUAAUUGCAGUUGGUGAUUUAUAUCAGCUAUCCCCAGUUGGAGAUUCUUGGAUUUUCAAAGAUCUUUCAUGUCCAGGCCAAGGUCUUGCCAAAAAUCUUUGGAAAGAACAUUUUUCCAUGUUUGAGCUUACUGAAAUUAUGCGACAAAAGGAUGAUAUUGAGUUUUCAAAACUCCUAAACAGACUCCGACACAAUCAGUUAUCAGAUGACGACAAACAGACUAUUUUGAGCCGUCAAAUAGAAGCAGGCUGUAAUCAAUAUCCAGUCACAGCACCACAUCUUUUCAUUGAAAAUAGAUUUGUGGAUGAUUUCAACAAUAAUUUCAUGCAGAACCUUACCACAAACAAAGUAAAUGUUAAAGCUGAUACAGAUGUUCUGUCCCAAACAAAACUCUCACUUGAUGUCAAGAAGUCUCUGAUUGAUAAGCUUCCAGACAAGCAAGCUAAUACUGGACAGCUGAAGACAAAUCUAACUAUUGCAGUAGAUAUGAUUUAUGAUAUUUCUGUAAACAUUGACGUUGCUGAUGGCUUGACAAAUGGCAGUACAUGUACAGUUAAAUAUAUUGAAUGCAAACAGGCCACCACUAGACCUGCAAUUGUUUGGGUAUUAUUUUGCAAUGAAAAAAUAGGUGCUAUGAGAAGAAACCAAUACCAACAUUUGUUGAACAGAAACAUAGAUAAAUCCUGGACGCCUAUCUUUGAAACAAAGCGUACAUUUAUGUAUAACAGAAAAACAUUUGAAAGAAUACAGUUUCCACUUCAACCAUCUGCUGCAAAAACUGUUCACAAAGCACAAGGUGCAACACUGGACCAAGUUGUAGUCAGUUUGUCACAAACGAAGAAACGCAAAAUACCACAUAUCCACUAUGUAGCUUUAUCUCGAGUUAGAUCACUUCAAAAUCUUCAUAUCAUUGACUUCAAUGAAGACAGUCUUUCAAAAGACAAAGACGUUGAUACAGAGAUGCAAAGGUUGGCAGAAAAUGGAUUACAGCUUUGCUUCAAACCACUAUAUCAUACAUAUAUGCAAUGUCAGUUUCUCUUCAACAAUGCAAGAUCUUUGAAUAAACACAUAUUGGACAUCAGAUCUGAUCCAAAUAUUUUUGCAGCUGAUGUGGUGGGCAUAGCAGAGUCUCGACUCCAUAUCAAUGAUAAGAAUGAAACAUUCGAAUUAGAAGGAUUCAGAAUAUUUAGAAAUGAUGUGCAAAAUUUGCAUUCAAGACCACACCAUGGACUUGUUAUUUAUGUGAAAUCUCAUUUAGAUGUUAUCACAUAUGAAAGGUUUUCCACAAAUGACAUAGAAUUUUCUUAUAUUUCAUUCAAUCUGUGUCAAAUGCUCGUGCAAUGUGCCAUUGUUUAUAGGAAACCAGCCUGUCCCCUUUCACAGUUUUAUGCUGUAAUAAAGGAGCACUUGCUACCACUUACAGAUAUAAAUGGAAAGAUCGUUAUUAUGGGAGAUUUUAAUGUAAAUUUGAAGAAAACUGGACAUGAUACAUUUGUCAGAUUUAUGGAAACAACAUUUCAUUGUUCACAAAUAAUCACUCAUGCAACAACUAAAAUGAAAUCACAAUUGGACUUAAUAUUUACAAAUUUUACUGAGAGAAAAGCUGGUGUUCUGGAUGCUUAUUGGUCAGAUCAUGACAUGGUAUACUGUGCUGUAAAUACUCAAAACCCGCUGUGA